CUGGUGUCUCUCGCCGCCGGCUGCUUGCUCGCCACCUCCGCGCUGCAGAGAUCACCGCCAGCCCGACGACGCUGCUCGCGCUCUCGGCUGCCGACUCUGCAGGUCAACUCUGACAGCCGCGCCACGCAGGAGUAUUUCGACUUCCUUCUCGGAAAGACGGAGAUCGAGCCGACUGAGGACCAGCCGUCGGUGAUUGUGGGCGGCGGCAAGAUCGGCGAGAUGCUGCGAGAGUUUGGCGAGCGGCGCGGCUUUGAGGACGUCGUCCUCGGCCGCGGCGAGGCGAUUCCGUCGGGACACCCCGGCCCAGUCUACCUGGCGGUGCCCGCGGCGGAGCUGGACGCCGCGAUCGAGCUCUGCCCCGAGGAGAAGCGCGACGACCUCGUCUUCCUCUCGGACGGCCAGCUCGAGCCGCUCUUCCAGCGACACGGCCUCUACGGCCCUUGCCAGGCCUCCCUCUGGCUCGCGCUGAUGCGGCGCGGCGGCAAGCCGGUCGACGGGCGCGUGACGGACCUGUCCGGCACGACCGACGGCCUCUCGCGGGUCCACGGAAAGUGGUCGGGAGCCUUUGCGAUGCGGAUGGGCACCGGCGGCAUCCUUUGCCGCGAGGCGAACCAGAGAGACGCGCGCCGCACGACGCUCGAGAAGCUCGUCUUUGUCACGGCGUACAACCUCGUCGGCGCGGCGCAUGGCGGCCUGUCGAUGGGCGAGGUGGCGGGCAAGCACGGCGAGGAGGUCGGCGCGAUGUGCCGCGAGCUCGCCUCGUUUGUCCGGUACACACUCUCCGUCUCCCUCUUCUCUGGGCUCGACGAUCGGCUCGCCGACUACGCGCGCACGAUGGAGUUUCUUCCCACGCGGCUGGACGCCGGCGCGUUCCCGUUCACGAGCGGCUACUUUUACCGCUACACAAAGAUGGCGGGCACGCGGACCAACCCUGCGGGCAUCAAGGUGGAGAUCCCCGACACGACGCCGCUGCACACAGAGUACCUGCUCGAGGCGAGGGACAGGGGCCUCGUCGGGAAGGAGCUGCUCGACGCGGCGUAGAGGAGCGCCAACGGGCGAGCGGAAAACUUUUUUG